ACAACUUCCUUGGAUGCCGGGCAACAACAAAGAUGGCGCUUAGCCUGGCCGAGCUGGAGGCUCCGCUGGCCGCUGACCCGGCCGGGGACCGGGACCGGGACCGGGACCGGGCGGGAGCAGGAGGAGGGGCUCGGCGCUGCAGAGGGAGACCCAGGCUCACAGACUCCGACCGGGCACAGAGGCGGCUGGAGUCCCGGAAGAAGUACGACGUGAGGCGCGUGUACCUGGGAGAGGCGCACAAGCUGUGGAGCGAGGUCCGCCGGAGGACCGGCCUGAGUGAUGCCGGACUGGCCGAGUACCUGAUCCUGCUCAACGCCACCUACGGAGAGAAGUACCGGCAGCAGUACUGCGGGAAGAAGAUAGCUCCAGAAGUCUCAGGAAAGCAGAAGAAAGGCAGGAAUCAGCGUGUGUCGAGCCUCCAGAGUCUGGUGUGCUGGUACCAGGAACACUCGUGCUCCUGCCGUCACGAGCCCCAGCUCCGAGCGCUCGAGCCCCAGCCCAACUUCUCCACGGCUGCCAUCUGGCAGUGUGACUCCCACCACUCGUUUGUGCAAUACCUUUUCUCCUCGCCGAGGGCGGCGAGUGACUCUGAACACGAGGAGCAAGGGAAUGGAGAGGAAGAAGAUGAAGAGAGUGCAGCGAAAACAGACGUGUCUGUGGCUAAAGCUGAAGUCUGCAGGAAGAGAAGGAAGGACGCUCAAAAACAGUUCAGAGAUGUGGGACAACAUGUGGAUGUUUCUGAAGAACUACAGACAACCAUGAGCCCAAUCGAACAGGCUGCAACUCCCGCCCAGCUGCCCAGUGAAGAGACCUCCUCGCAGGAUGUCCCACUGACGGGACAGCCCGUCUGGGAGAUGGAGAUGGAGAUGGAGCGACAGGAAGGCCCUCCAGCAGCAGAGUUUCACUCCGUCUCCUCAGAGGAGGAGGAGGAUCUGAGGCGAGGCAGAGACCCAGAAGACGAGAUCAGGACCGUACCGCACGCCCUACCGCACGGAUACGAGUGUGUCACCGUGGCGUCCUUAGCGGAUAAACUGGAGAAGACGGACUCGGACUCGGAGCUGUCGCAGAGCGUGAGGGGCUCCGUCGGGCCGCGGCUGCAGGAGGAGGAUCAGAGCGAGCUGUUUGACCCCCAGACGCUGCAGACGGUGGUGACCAGCUGUGAGAUCCCCGACCACAGGACGGCGCUAGAAGGCUCGCAGUUAAUUAUCAUCACGGGCCCCAGCUACGAGGCCCUGACAUCAGAGGGCAUCCAGCUCAACAUGGGGGGGGGAAACGUGGAGGAAGUCACCUGCACCGUCAUCGGGGGAGUCACCUUCAACCAGGUCUGCACGUCGGACCCAAAACUCCAAACAGCAGACGAUGAAGACUCCAUGACAGGUUUGAGUGACAAACAGCUGCUGCAGCCCGAGGCUCUGGAGCUGAGUGCAGACAGAGAGCUGCAGCGCGGGCUGAGCAGUGUCCGGUCAAAGAGGAACAGGCGAGGCCCGGUCAUUGAGGCCGACGGGAUGCUCAAGAUGUUCCACUGUCCGUACGAGGGCUGCAGUCAAGUCUACGUAGCCAUUAGCAGCUUUCAGAAUCACGUCAACCUAGUCCACAGGAAAGGGAGGACCAAGGUUUGCCCCCAUCCAGGCUGCGGAAAAAAGUUCUACCUGUCCAACCACCUGCAUCGCCACAUGAUCAUCCACUCAGGCGUCAGAGAUUUCAUCUGUGAGACUUGUGGGAAAUCGUUUAAGCGUAAGAAUCACCUGGAGGUCCACCGGCGGACGCACACGGGAGAAACGCCACUCCAAUGUGAGAUCUGCGGCUACCAGUGUCGCCAGCGUGCGUCCCUGAACUGGCACAUGAAGAAGCACACCCCCGAAGCCCACUACAACUUCACCUGCGAGUUCUGCGACAAGAGGUUCGAGAAGCUGGACAGUGUUAAAUUCCACAAGCUGAAGAGCCACCCGGACAAGCAGGCGACCUGAGAAGGAGUUCCCCCACCCCUGGUGACAGGAUCUAGACAGGCUGGCCCUCGGGAACCAAAGCAAGGCUUCUAGUGAGAGAGACGGACUUUCCCUUUGCUGUGUUUGUCUGGCGUCUCAUGUCCAGGAUGAUGUGAGCAUCACCUGUGAACACACAGGCGGAGGAAGCAGCGGGCCAGUCCAACAGCUGUGCAGGAUGCACGCCGUUUCAGAGUUCAGGGCCCGAACUUGGGGUUUGGACGUGUUUGGUACAGCGAGGAAACAAAGCUUAAACCAGUGUUAU